UCAUCCUUUCCCAGCACAGCCUCUACAUCACAGGAAGACCAUGAAAGCAAUUCCGGAUCCACUUCCUCCAGGAAAUUGAGAGUUACCCUGUUAAGCAGUGAAUGGAGAUCAACAAAAGGAGGCUUGUCAACCAUCAACCGAGAGCUCGCCAUUCAGUUGGCAAAACACCCCAGCGUGGAUGUCAGUGUUUAUCUCCCUCAGUGCAGUGAAGAAGACAAACGAGUCGCUGCCAGACACAAUGUUCAUGUCAUUGAAGCAGAAAAAAUGCCAGGUUAUGACCCGGUUGACUGGUUGUCCUUCCUACCAAAAGACCAUGCUGUGGACUGUGUGAUAGGACAUGGAGCCAUUCUUGGUCGGCAAGUGCAAGGUAUAAAACGUGAUCGUCCUCAUUGUAAGUGGAUUCAGGUCGUUCAUACCUCUCCAGAAGAACUUGGAAUGUACAAAGGAUAUGAAGAGCGCGUUUCCAGAGGUGAAGAGAAACACCAAGUGGAGGUUGAACUCUGUAAAUUGGCUGAUCAAGUUGUAGCAGUUGGACCCAAGCUGGCUGAAGCUUUUUCGGGUUAUCUCCGUCCCUGUGGAAAGGAUCAAGAUGUUUUCAAUCUUACCCCAGGCAUUUUCUCUGAAUUUGCUGAUGUAAAGCAAGCCUCUCAGGAAAGAAGUUCAUUUACUGUUUUAGUGUUUGGACGUGGCGACAAUGAAGAUUUUCAGCUAAAAGGAUAUGACAUUACUGCCCAAGCCAUUGCUGAGUUGAAAGACACGACGUACAAACUUGUGUUUGUUGGAGCAACACGGGGAGAAGAAGAUAAAGUAGCAGACUUGCUACUUAAGCAUGGCAUUGAUCGCAGUCAACUCAGGGUGCGUCGUUUUAAUGAAAGCAGAGAGCAGUUAGCCCGUUUGUUUUGUGAAGUUGAUCUUGCUAUAAUGCCAUCACGAACUGAGGGAUUUGGUCUAGCCGCCCUCGAGGCUUUAUCUGCUGGUCUGCCUGUGCUGGUCAGUGGGAACUCUGGUCUUGGAGAAGCUUUGAAAAAAGUUCCUUUCGCUUCAACUUGUGUGGUACAAUCAGAAGAUCCUAAAGAGUGGGCCAAUGCAAUCAAAGCUGUAAGGAAGAAAACCCGAAAUAGUAGACUUAAAGAGUCCAAGAUUCUUCGAGGAGCGUAUACAGAGGUGUACAGCUGGCAGGAAAAUUGUUACAAACUUGUAGAAAGAAUGCACAACAUU